AUGGUUUCAACAAUCAUAACAUUGGAGCCUCCUGGUAAUUCACUAGUUCCAAAAAUCGCCAAUGUAAUUCGGCUUCCGCAAUUGCUGAACCAAAAACUCCAAAAAUCAAUCAGUUAUAAAACUUCUCAGAAUCUCUACCAACAGUUUCUUUCAAGAGGAUUUCUGGGUGCUGGGUUUGCUAUAGCUCUUGUAAUUGCUACUAACCAGAGUGCCUCUGCUGUUGAAUUCCCCUCUGUGAUGGAUACUUUUUCUUCUCUGCAACUGAAUGAACCUCAAAAUGCUCUUUCUCUUCCAACUUGGGCUAUCCAUGUCUCCAGUGUUGUUGAAUGGAUAACAGCAAAGAUAUUGGUUUGGCAAUAUGGGGAGAAAUCUGGUUUUGAAUCUUGGAAGGGUCUCUCCUGGGUAUGGUACCCCUUCUUGGAGGUGCGUUUUGCGCGUGCACAUGGCAUUUCUUCUAUAACUUCGAGUCUCUCAGUGUAA